AUGAGCAGCAUGAAAAGAGGUAAUAGGACCACUGUGUCUGAAUUUCUGCUUCUGGGACUCCCGAUACCUCCAGAACAUCAGGGUUUGUUCUUCACCUUAUUCCUGGUUAUGUACCUGGCCACGGUGCUGGGGAACCUGCUCAUCAUCCUGCUCAUCCGGAUGGACUCUCGUCUCCACACCCCCAUGUACUUCUUCCUCAGCCACUUGGCUCUUACUGACAUAUGCUACUCAUCUGUCACUGUGCCCAAAAUGUUGAUGGACAUGAAGAGCAUUCAUAAGUCCAUCCCCUAUGCAGGGUGCGUGUCACAGAUGUAUUUUUACAUAUGGUUUGCUUCUGUCGACAUCUUUCUUCUUACAUUGAUGGCCUAUGACAGGUAUGUGGCCAUUUGUCACCCACUUCACUAUGCCACUAUCAUGAGGCAAGAGAAAUGUGUCUCAUUAGUUUCUGCAUCCUGGAUCUACUGUUCUCUCCGCUCUCUGUUGCACAUCCUCCUCUUCAUUCGAGUUUCCUUUUGUGAUGACAUUACCAUCCCCCAUUUCUUCUGUGAAAUCCCAGUUCUCUUGAAGAUAAGCUGUUCAGAUGUCUCAGUUAAUGAAUGGCUUAUCUUCAUUGAGACUGGAAUAAUUGUUUUCCUGCCUUUUGCCACUAUUGUAGGCUCUUAUAUUUGGAUAUGGGCCUCUGUGCUGAAGGAUCCUUCUGUUAAGAGAUUCUUCAAAGUCCUUUCUACCUGUGGUUCCCAUCUCCUUGUGGUGUGUUUAUUCUAUGGUACAAUUGCAGAAGUGUACUUUUUCUCCUCACCAUCCAUCUCCAGUAAUAAAGACAUAGCUGCUUCUGUGAUGUAUAUGAUAGUCACCCCCAUGCUGAACCCUUUCAUCUACAGCCUGAGAAACAGAGAUAUAAAACAGGCCCUAAAAUUAUUUGUUAACAGAAUGAAAAUCUUGAGCAGCAUGAAAAGAGGUAACAGGACCACUGUGUCUGAAUUUCUGCUUCUGGGACUCCCUAUACCUCCAGAACAUCAGGGUUUGUUCUUCACCUUAUUCCUGGUUAUGUACCUGGCCACGGUGCUGGGGAACCUGCUCAUCAUCCUGCUCAUCCGGAUGGACUCUCGUCUCCACACCCCCAUGUACUUCUUCCUCAGCAACUUGGCUCUAACUGACAUAUGCUUCUCAUCUGUCACUGUGCCCAAAAUGUUGAUGGACAUGCAGAGCAUUCACAAGUCCAUCCCCUAUGCAGGGUGCGUGUCACAGAUGUAUUUUUACAUAUGGUUUGCUUGUGUCGACAUCUUUCUUCUUACAUUGAUGGCCUAUGACAGGUAUGUGGCCAUUUGUCACCCACUUCACUAUACCACUAUCAUGAGGCAAGAGAAAUGUGUCUCCUUAGUUUCUGCAUCCUGGAUCUACUGUUCUCUCCGCUCUCUGUUGCACACUCUCCUCUUCGUUCGAGUUUCCUUUUGUGAGGACAUUACUAUUCCCCACUUCUUCUGUGAACUUCCUGUUCUCUUAAAGAUGAGCUGUUCAGAUGUCUCAGUUAAUGAAUGGGUUAUCUUCUUUGAGACUGGAAUAAUUGUUUUCCUGCCUUUUGCCUCUAUUGUGGGCUCUUAUAUUUGGAUAUGGGCCUCUGUGCUGAAGGAUCCUUCUGUUAAGAGAUUCUUCAAAGUCCUUUCUACCUGUGGUUCCCAUCUCCUCGUUGUGUGUUUAUUCUAUGGUACAAUUGUAGAAGUGUACUUUUUCUCCUCACCAUCCAUCUCCAGUAAUAAAGACAUAGCUGCUUCUGUGAUGUAUAUGAUAGUCACCCCCAUGCUGAACCCUUUCAUCUACAGCCUGAGAAACAGAGAUAUAAAACAGGCCCUAAUAUUAUUUGUUAACAGAAUGAAGUCUUGUAGCUCCAAUAACUUAAUAUGA